AUGUCUGCAGAAGUCAACCAUCAGCAGGGUAUGAGCCCAACGCUGCGAGUACUGGAAGGAGAAGACAAUGGCCCUGCAUAUCAAGAUGCAGGGAGAUCGCUGCGCCCCGCUGAAAAUGGUCGCGAGCAGAAUGAUGUCGCCGGAAUGCCCAAUGGGGUUACGAGACCGUCUCCCGCUCCGCCUCGUGAUGAUUCUGGAGUGGAAGCCCCUCAAGUGGCACAACACAUAGCUUCAGAAGGAAGCAGAGCAGCAUCGGAUGGGCUGCGUCAGCUUCCUGUGGAGGGAACAGCAGCCGUGCAAGGACUCCAGGUCCCUGACAUGAUGAUUGGGGAGAGUGCACCUGGAGAUCAAAUUCGCAAUGGAGCCUCCGGUGCUCCUCAGUUACCUCUUUUUCCGCAGUUCGUGCCAUCUCCUCUUCCGGGACAGUCACCUGUUGAUCAAGGGAGGACAGGGCCUCGUGCAGGCUCGUGGUUCUCUCGCCUUGGUGACUAUAUCCAGAAGCGGGUUGAGGUCACAGCUUGGACAGCACCUCCCUCAGCAACCUCUCCUGAAGUUCAUGGUACAUGGCACAAUCAGAGCCAGGUGCAGACGAUGAUGAUGGCUUCGCCCUCAAGGCAGGAGCAUCGUCCCGAUUCAGUAUCCAGUGGUUCGGGUGGGAUACCUCAAGAGAUGGUGCAAGCUGAAGUGACUAGACAACUGGAUGCGGCUAUGAGUGAAGUGAUGGCGCGACUGUCGGCAGAAAGGCAACGGACAGAGCAGGCUACUAUGGAAGCUCAGCGACUACGAGCGCAGCUGGAACGAUAUGAGUUGCGGAUGCAAGCGCCAGUGAGAGAGAAUGUUGCAGAGCCCCCGGGUUUGGAGCUCGAUGGCCAUGGAGUUCACACCAGAAUUCUAGUGGCCGUGGAGUUCACACCAGAGUUCCCGUGCAACCUCCUCUACCUGGUCCUGUUAGUUCUUCGGGAAGAGCAAAGUCAAGGUCACAGUCUCCAGGACCGAGGGCGUUCUUUCAAGGUCUCUUCAGUCGGGGCAAUCGCGAUGAUCCAGCUCCUGUGUCAGGCCCUGGUCCAAGUUCGAUGGGUCCUCAGGCUUGUCCAGAUCUUCCGCGACCACCAGUGUUACCUCCUCUACAACCACCAAUCGCACCUCCAGAGGGAACCAAGGCGCCUGGGUCUGUUGAAGGUAAUCUGCUGGCUACUCUCGCUAGAGGCAUUGAGAUCCAUAGAUCUCUUGAACUGGAUCACCCACAUUGGCCCUUUGAUGGAGGACCUUUCUGAUACGUCGUCAAUGUGGUGGCAGAUGACUCUGAAGGACGCCUUGACAUGGUACUCACAGUACAGCGCGGCUCCGCCAUUGGAGCGGCUUCAGCUGAAGCCCCAAGCGUCUAUGGAGCUGCAGAAACCGGAGUGGAUCCGGGUAGAAAGGAGGGCGACGGCAAUGAUGUUGUCAGCUGUGCCGAAGCAGGUGCGAGAGGAAGUGAUAUCAGGGGGCCAUGUCAAUAGCCUCCACCUCCUGUGCAAGCUUUACUCUGUGUACCAACCUGGGAACUUGCAGGAGAAGAGUUUGGUUCUACGGAUGCUGGAGCAGCCAGAUGCAUGUGCCUCUGCGUUGGAGGCCGUCGAAUCACUUCAGCGAUGGAACCUGUGGAGGCGGAGGGCGGCUUCGAUUGGGAUGGCGGAACCAGAUGCCUCUGUCCUUUUGAGAGGCUUGGACAGAAUAACUGGCCAGAUCGUGAAGGCCAACAGCGAGCUCUCCUUUAGGGUGAGCCUGAUUCGGAGCACUCUUCAGGUGGAUGUGAGUCCGAGCGCAGCAUCCAUCACCACGUUCUUGCAGCACCUCCAGGCCGAGAUGGAGCAGCAAGCAAGGUUGAGCUCAGUUCUAGUGGACACAGCUGCUGCGGUUCGCGCAGUGACGACUACGGGUGCUCCACCUCCUCCGCCUACGGCUCCCGCGACCACUACGACAACCAAGGGUGCAGGAUCGUUGUGCAAGUUCUUUGCGUCAGAGAAAGGGUCAAAGAAUGCCGAGCACCUGGUGGAGGCCCCUCCUCGGAAGGUGAACUUUGAGGGCGAUGGUGUGAUCCAGGCAAAGGUGAUGAAGGUUCUCGCGGGCUUGCAGGACAUCCCGCUCUUCAGGACGCGAUCAGCACUCUUGGAUUCAGGAGCGACCCAUGUACUACGAGGCCCAAAGUCCGAGGAGGAGUGGGACCAUGCAAGAAAUGUGCAUGUUCAGCUUGCAGGGGAUUCCUAUGCAUCAAUGAAGCAGAAUGAGGCGGGUUCCUUGUUGAAUGGGGACCAGCUCGCUCAGGUGAUCGUCCCGAUGGGAAGAGUUAUCUCAACGCUGGGCUUCUCGCUUAAGUGGACUAAGGAGAUCUGCCAGCUUGAGGGUCCCGACGGUGAGGUUGUUCAGUUGGAUGUUGUGCGAGGAUGCCCGCAAGUGAGUGAGAAGGUGGCCCAGGAUUUGAUUGCGCGCCUUGAAGAGGCGCACCUCCCGGAGCUACAACAGACGACUGCCGCGUCUGUGAGGGCGCUGAAGGCCGUCAAGGCCAGUUGGUGGUCGUGCUUGAUGGAGUAUUCGGUUUCCGGGAAUGUGGCGUCAGGCCAGGCCGCGAUUGACAAGGCACCGUUCAUGAACUACCGCGACAUGAUGAAGGAGAUUUUGGUGAUCUCACGGCCCAGGAAAAAACCCUGGGAUUUGAUGAAGGAGCUGAGCUUGAACCGGCGCUCACGAAAGCGCCUCAUGAACUCAGCUUCCUGGGUAGUACGAUGGGAUGCGCCUACUGUGGAAAGGCGACGCGAUGAUUUGAAGCAGCUUUCUUUGGCAGGGGACACCAUCUACGUGAAUGUGAACACCUUGCUUGUUGAGAGUGAGUUUGUGGAUGUGUGGAGGAUUUUGUCAUGGGCAGCUUCGGUUGGAAAGAUAGGAACAGUGGUCUCCCGUGACAGCCCCGGCAAUCAUUUGGAUCAAAUCAUAGCGCCCCAGCAUCGGAGCAAGAUCCAUUUCCUCCAUGCUUUGUCCACUGCCGGGCGAACUGUUCAUGGACAAGGAAAGGCCCAGGCAGAAGUUUGGCCGGCGUGGUCAUGCAGCCGUGACGCCCAGGACUACAUGACUGAGAUGGGCAUCAUGGACAUCUCGGUUGAAAGGUUUACGGGAGAGCGGCACUUCAGGAUUGCAAAGAUGGAUGCUGAUGCAGCUUGGGCCACGAUGCACCCCAUGGCUUACACGCUGAGCGUAGAUGUGGUGGGUCCGUUGAAGGGCUAUGGGAAAUCUCCGGAUGGGAAGUACUUCAAGUAUUUUGUCAUCGGGGCCUUCAGGAUUCCAGAUGUUCAUGGAGGUCAUGGUCACGCAGAUGUGAAGGGGCAUCCAAUACCCCCUCCUGACUCGGAUGGACAUGAAGAUGAUGAAGAAGAUCAGUUGUCCGAGGACGAGGUGGCUGAUGAUGAAGGGCCCGUGGAAGCGGACUAUGUGGACGCUUCCCAAGUGGAGCGUGAAAAGGAGCAAUGGCGGCAGUUGCUCUCUACGUUCAAGGAGCCGAUCUCUACUACGACCCUUUACUUUGCGGUUCCCGUGAACAACAAGAAGGCGGCGACGAUGCUGCCAGCGGUUCAGAAGAUUGUCAUGGAUGUGAAGGCUCUUGGAUAUCCAGUUACCCGCUUGCAUUCAGAUCGUGGCGGUGAGUUCCGAGGGCACUUGGUUCGACGAUGGGCCCUGUCGCAGGGCAUGUGGCCAACUACGACAUCGGGGUCGGAGUCGGCAUCAAACGGCGUGGCUGAGUCCGGGGUUCGAUACCUCAAGCGCCGUGCCCGGAUCCUUCUUGAUAGUGGAGGGAUCUCAAAGGAGAACUGGCCCACGGCGGUCCAGUAUGCAGCUGCUCAGCAACGAUGUGAUCAGCUUGGAGUGUUGCCCCCCCUUCCUGUUGCCUAUGGGACCAAGGUUUAUGUGAAGACCAAGAAGUACAAGACUGGAGCCGUGGAGGAUUUCGGUCAUCAUUGGGUCCAGGGCAAAUAUGUGGGUCCGUCAACGGACAUUCGGGGAGGACAUGUCAUUCUGAAGUCCACCGGCACGUUCGUGCAAACCACCCAUGUCAGGAUCGCUCAAGAACCACCUCCGUUGGACGAGGCCCGCGGCGUGGUGCAGGAUGAUUCAAUCAUGAAGUACUUGAGGGUCGAGGAGAUUCAGUAUGUGGAAAAGAUUGCCCAGCACCUGUACCAGGACCGGAAGUUUGGUGAGGAUCAUAUCAAGCAGGUCCUUGGUGUUCUCGGCGGAACCUGUGGCAACUUGAAGGUCCCUCGUGCUCCUGGAGGUCAUGGACUUGUGAUUGGAGCGUAUGUUCAUGGAGGUUCGUUUGGAGUGACUCGCUAUGGGCGAGACCUUCCUUGGGUUGCCCAGUACUUGAAUGGGUAUGUGGCCCACAAGAUCAAUGAGCAUGGAGUGGCAGUGAAACCCACGUGGACGACUUUAGCCAUUCAGGCUGCCGACCAAAUACCUCGGCACCGGGAUGUACACAACGAGCGAGGCACCUACAACUACGUUUGUGAAGUCAAGGCAGAGCCUACGAAUGGUCUGUGGGUUGAAGACAAGGGCUAUGAGCGCAGGGUUGUAGGCGAUGAAAAUCCUCGAGAUUACCAACUUGAAGGUCAGGAUGGUGAUGUACGUGAUGGUUGUUUGGUUGACAUCACCCAGAAGCCGGCAGUGCUUGAUCCGCUGGCUCCGCAUGCAUAUGUCAAGGGAGAUGGUGUGCGUUGGUUCUUGUCAGCCUAUACUCCCCAAGGUGCCUACAAGUUGAAACAAGGUGAUCAAGAUUAUCUCCAGAAGUUGAAGUUUCCUUUGUCGGAGGAGGAGAACCGCCUUGGAGGCGGAACGCCGGAAACCACACCGGUACUGAAGGCAUCAUCCUUGCCAUCUGAGCUGCCGAGUGGAACUUGCAGUUAUAGUGAUGAUGUGGAUGAGGUUUUCAUUGGAGAUUGUGAGGGCACCCUAUGGGAUUGGGCGAUGUAUGUUGAGGAGGAGUUACCUGCUGAAGUUGAUGGUGAUGAUCAAGCGAAUCAAGUUCGGGGUUUGCGCAAGGUCUGUGGCUCCGACGACCCCGCGGGUGAGCUUCCAGCUUUGUUGAAGGCCUCUGAUGUGUUGCUUGAGGAGGAGAUAUCAGACUCUCUUCAAGAUGAUCUGGUCGGAAGGUUGGAGUACUGGUGCGGCCUUGAUGUUCAACAGGGAUUUCCUUGUAUGGCAAAGAUGGAACCUGAGUACACUGAGGGUGUCGAGGAUAUCAUCAAGAAGGCGGUUCAAGAUGGGACCCCUCUCCGCCAUACCUACAAUGUGAGUCCCAAGGAGGCUAGAUCUGAGAUUGAGCGCUGGAGGCCAGCCAUUGAAAAAGAAGUUGGAGUUGUCGAAAAGGGUUUCCAGAGGAUCCAUGUGAAGGACAUUGAGAAGUUGAAGGCGGAGUACAAUGUCCAGGAGCGCAAGGCCCGCAUUGUGUGUUGCGGCAACUUUGCCUCUGAUGAGGCCGGGGACAUCUUUGCCGGCGGCGCGGCCGCCGAAAGUCUCCGAUGUGCCCUUACCUACACCACUGCCAGGCAUUGGAUCCCGGGCAUUGUGGACGUGACGGGAGCUUUUAUGCUCACUCCAUUGCCUCAGGGCAAGGGAGUAAUCAAGUACAUCAUACGACCUCCAGCUGCUUUGGUCCAGCUGGGAUUGGCUACCGAGUCGGAACGGUGGCUGCUGACGCAUGGAAUGUACGGCCUACGUCAAUCACCUCGACUUUGGCAAGAGUACCGCGACUCCGAGCUCAAACAGUUGAAGUUUGAUCAUGAAGGGCGAACGUGGUCGCUGCAACAAGGCCGGGCUGAACCCAACUUGUGGAUGGUCUAUGAGGUUGGGUGCCCGGACGGUCAACCUUCAGGAGGCCUUAUCUUGGUCUACGUUGAUGAUAUCAUGCUGGCCGGACCCCGUUCAUUGAUUGAGUCCCUUGCGUCUACCAUUGGGAGAAUUUGGAAGGUGUCAGAGCUGGAUGUUCUCUCAGUGGAUCGAGAUAUUCGAUUUCUUGGUUGUGAAAUUUCCACCAAUGACAGCAUGGACUGUAUUUACAUCCACCAGCGACCCUACAUCAACGAGAUCCUCCGUCACCACGAUAUUUCCCCUCAAGCCUUGUCCUUCAUCCAGGCACCGAGGGAAAUGGUAACGUUCGAACCCUAUGAAGGUGAAGAUCGUGGAACGGAUCAGCAGAUCAAGGAGGCUCAAAGACUAUGCGGUGAAUUGCUUUGGCUUGCUCAACGUUCGCGACCAGAUGUUGCUUAUGUUGUCAGUGCUAUGGGUUCACUGCUAAGCAAGGCUGCUCCAAGGUGCAUUGCCAUAGGGCUCCGGUUGUUGUCGUAUUUGCAGCAGACUCGUGACAUGGCAUUGACUUUGAGAUCGGUGUCGGAGGAGCUGGUGGCAUACUCCGACAGCUCAUUCGCCCCAAGUGGGGCCCGGAGCUUCUCAGGGAUCGUCCUGAGUUGGAGAGGUUCCCCCAUUACGUGGAGGGCAGCGAAGCAGCCGUUCGUAUGUUUGAGUACGGCGGAAUGCGAGUUGGUGGCCUCCAUCGAGGCAUUGACUAUGGCGAGGUCCUUACAAGCAAUCUUGCACCAGAUUGACCCUGCGAGGCCGAUGCUUACCCUGGGGAUCGAUAACCAAGCGGCGAUCGCAAUUGCCUCUCCGUCUACUACUGCUUCGUGGCGUACAAGACACCUCCGUGUACGAGCGGCUUACCUACAUGAGCAGAUCGAGGAGAAGAUGAUAACCCUCCGGUACGUGCCGGGGAAGGACCAAUGGGCUGAUCUGUUGACGAAGAGUUUCCCUCGACAACGCUUGCAGGAGCUCACGGCUUUGUGGGGCUUUGUGGAUGAGCAGGAGGAGCCACUGGCGCUAACUACGUCUUUUGAGCUCUACGUUAUGAUUGCUGUCUUUGGGAUUGCAAUGGCCUACUUCGCGAAGGGCAACAUCCAGGGCUACCCCAUCGCCGAGGGGAUGGAAGUGACGGAAGGGAUGGCAGUGCUGACAUCGGAAUCGGAGAAUGUCGCCCGGCUCAGCGAUGAUACUGAAGUGCAUAGCAGCCGUUAA